AUGCUGACCGCAUUGGAGAAGAGAUAUGAAAAGGCGAGAUUUGGAAGUUUGUUUCCAGAUAUCAUUGAUGAAAAUAUGCUAAUCGAUUCGUUUGAGUGUUGUGAUACACUUGAAGGCCACACCGGGUGUGUAAACACGCUCCGUUGGAAUCGAAACGGCCAACUUCUGGCAUCUGGAUCCGACGAUCGUCAUGUGAAAAUCUGGAGAGCCGGAUUGGAAGUCGAAUCUCUAGCCACUGGACACGUUGGAAAUGUGUUUGCAGUCGAAUUUCUUCCAGGAUCAUCGGAUAGAAAAUUGGUGACCGGAGCCGCGGAUCAUAUAGUUUUUCUUCAUGAUUUGGAAGUGAAAAAUGGGGGAAAACGACGAUGGGAGCUGGAGGGAAGAGUCAAAAGGCUAUGUACACUGGAACAGGAAUCUACUCUUUGGUGGGCCGCGGUCGAGGCCGUUGAGGGUGUACAAUGUAUUCGUGCUGGCCAACAUGUCGUCAGCUAUGCUAUCGUUGUGGGAUUCGACGAAACGCCCGUUAGGCUGUAUGAUCGUCGAAAUUUCAGCAAUCCGUUAUUGGUUUUGAAUCCAUUAGACGCCGAUGCAGAUACAUUCCAAACCACCCACGUGGCAUUUAAUAAGACUGGAACAGAAGUCGUUGUAAAUCAGGGGAACAGUGGAGGCAUCUGUGUCUUCCCAAUUGAUUCAUACGAUGCUCCACGGACCAUGGAGAGGUUAAAUGAUGUUUUGGGGGGAGAUGGAGAGCCAACAAUCAGUUCAAAUAAUCUACCGUAUCCCGAUCUUCGUGAAGCUGGACAUAUGAUGUUGAAGGAGAAAAAGUUCUCGAAAGCGGUGGAUUAUUAUUCAGAACUGAUCUCCCGCAACUACAAAGACCGUGCCUUCCGAAGUGUGUGCUAUUCAAACCGGGCGACUGCUCUGUUAGUCCGACGACAACGUGGCGAUACCUAUGCAUGCAUUCGGGAUUGUGUGAAAGCACUGGAAAUCCAUCAAGGAAACUCAAAGGCGUUGUUCCGGCUGAUCAAAAGUUUCACGAGUUUGGAGACUCCAGAAUACGCGAAGACGUGUGUUGAGGUGUUCAGGAAGUGGUAUCCGAAUCGAGAAACGGAAGCGAUUGAUAACAUGGAGAAGGAUGUGGUGAUGUUAAAAGAAAACGAAGAUCAAAACAAUUUGGCAAGCAAACCGGGUUAUAUGGACUACACACAACGAUUCGUUGGCACGUCGAAUUGUCAGACAGAUAUCAAAGAAGCGAAUUUCUUUGGCUCCAGGGAUCAGUAUAUUGUUGCCGGAUCUGACUGUGGCCAUAUGUUUGUCUGGAACCGUGACACAUCUCGACUUCAAGGAAUCUGGAAAGCCGACGAUCACAUUCUGAACAUCGUCCAACCGCAUCCAGAAGCCUUCCUCAUUGCCACGUCGGGAAUCGACGAUGAUGUCCUAAUUUGGGAACCUGUUCUGGAGAAAGAAGAAGUCGAAGGAUUCAUCACUCGCCGUCACGCGGACCCGUUCGAAUUUAUCAAAAACUACAAGGAGACCUAUGGCGUUCGACACCAGACCCUUCGACAGUUCCAGAGACACGGGCAACAGUGUGUGCAGUCUUAA